GGGAUGUGAAACGCGAGUGUGGAUAUGAGACGGCGGCUAUGACGCUUUGAAAAAGACGUUGGUUUUCGGGAAGGAAUUGUGUUGUAUGUGUUCGUAGUUAACCAAUCCCAAACAAGUGUGUGCGCUUUCGAGAUAGUUCUCACACAAUUCUUUGUGUAGUACCAUUCGAGUUGUUGUCAAUAUCAUUAGGCAGAAGAUCAGCAAACAGGCAAGCAUGUUCCUGACCCGACAUUGUUAUUGCAUGAACAAUGCAAGCACUGCUGUUCUUCGGAGCACAAACACCAGUUUGCUCGUAAAACCCGCUAAAUGUCUCUGUGGGGACUUUAGGGGCUAUCCCUCAGAAAACAUAGCACUACGAUAUGCGAGUUGCCCUUGGCGGGACCUUGAUGCGAUGGCCACGACUAAUGACUUGAUAAAGACUGAACUGUUUCAUCAAGACAAGCAAAGGUCAAAUUACUAACUAAGCUAAAGGAUGGCGAUGUACCAAUUGCCAUCGUUAAAGAAAAGGCCUGCGCUGAUACGGCCAGCGUGCUCCAGGGUAUUGAUUAGCAAAUGGCUUAUGUUCAAUGCAUUUGCUUUUUGCCAAAGAAUUAUUACGCGCUUUCGGUCGCAAAAGUUGCGGACCAGUUCAGCACGUGCGAUACUUUUGCGAUUUACGCGAAGCGGCCGAUAAUUAAUGGGCACAGGCUACGAGAACAAAACUCGAAAGUGUAGGGACGAGUCGGCGCGCAUGGAGCAAGAUCCAGUCUCGCUUACGAGGAUUGGAUUAACCUUCGUUUAAUCAUUUCUGAUCUCAUUCAGAAUUAACCGGCUUCGUUUCGCUUCUUAUUACACGUGGAAAGGUUGCAUUGACAAAUCAAAUAGAUUAGCCCAGACAUAGGCCGCCAACGUUUCCUGAAGCUUGGUAACUUUUUACUGAGUUGUUGCGGCCUAUGCCUGGGUUCAUCUUUACAGAAUUGGCUUUUUUUCGGUAAAGAAUGUCUAGGAAAGCCGCUUGACAGCGCUUCUUGACCCUUGCAGACCCUUGCAGACCCUUUCUGUUACUGGUUGGACGAUCCCAAAUUUCUCCACUUCGCAAGAUUCACCACUACUACACCAUGCUAUGAAGUAAGAAUGGGAGAGACCCUUAUUCCGAGCAGGGAUUCAUCAGCAACCACGAACAAGAAUGAUUCAUGCUCAACUAGCAGAGUCGCCUGCUGUUCCGGUAAGGCUUAGUUCCACGAAAUGUGGGGCUUUGGAUUUUGUACUUUCCGUGUUGCUUUGGCGGGCAUCAUGGUACCACAGCUUAUCAGUGCUCUUCUUCACCUGGUUGCUUAUUCUGUUUCCGAAGUAUACGAUUGCAUGCACCGUGCCUACUUUUUUCUUUUGGCUGUGUAAUGCACGGGUUAUCAGCAUCUUUGACACUACGACUGAACAUGAAGAAACGUCGGUAGCUCCUCAAGAUUCAAACGCCACGGACGAAGGCGACAGCGUUACAAUUGCAAAGAGUGCGAAUGUCCGUGGAUUGAAUACAGUUUCUGGAGAUAGUGAGGAAAAAAAUUCCGCGUCUUCUUCCGCUACGAACAUUCUGGAUUCGCCAACAGCUUUGUACUCGAGACGUCCUUUCGCAAGGCCAACCUUCGUGCCCCCAAAUCCGUUUUCCGCCGUUUCGGCUCUUACAUCUUUGAGCCAGUCAAUUCAACAAAAAACAGAGACUCCUUCUGAACCAGUAGUUACAGAGAAAUCCAACGAUCUGACAUUGCUUGAGGGUUAUCUUUUGCCCCUUCGACGUCUGCGCAAGUAUGCUCAAACGUCUCAAACCUCCUUCUUCCGAUGGAUGCCUAUGUUAAGCGUUCCGUUAAUCUUAAUUUUGCGUUUACAGACUGUCCUUCUACUUAUCAGUACGUUGCUGCUUGCUUGGCACAGUCCUCCACUCCAGUAUGGUAUUCAGGCGCUCCGCCGUAUGAUCAUUGUGAGUACAUUUGUUGAUACCGUUGUGCUUGGUCGAGCAUCGCAAGAUGUUGUAUCUCCGGGGAGUGCAGUGUCCGAGAAAAACCGCUUGUCUCCUGUAGACGCUCAAUCCGUUUCCAUCGGUGUUGACAACAAAACCGUUGAGAGUCAGUCGAACCGCCCAUUUGACGGAAAGAGUGCUUUCAGCCAGACCGAUAACAUUUCUGAAGGUGAAAUUGGAAAGAUUUGCAUCGUUGAACAUCAACGCAGAUGGGUUGGCGGCGGAUGGUUGAACACAUUGUUACCCACUGAUUACCCCAACUUUACCAAUGAAACAGAAUCUAGUUCUACUAGUGAGCCUGCUGCUCAACUACUUCCUGCAGAUGGUAUUGCUUGGAUUGAUGAGCAAUGGACAUUUCAACCGUGGACAUACACAGACAACUUAUGGAGACAACCUUGGCCUGAGCCUUACAUGCUAGCCUUUACUCGUCGCAGAAAGUGGACUCGUCGAUACCGGCGAAGCCCUGCCGCCAAUAAAGGAACCGGCAUGGACGCCAAAUGAGCACAGAUUUCGUGAAGCUCUUCUUUCCAUUUGUGUGUGUGUGUGUGUUUUUUUUCUCUCUCGACCCUCUUUUCUUUUUCAUUUACAUUGCGACAGCUGCUUACUGUCACUGCGAACACUAUCACGUUUGCUAAAAAUUAAUUCAUUUUCAUGUGCAAGCGCAAACCAUCAGUUGCAAUAUCUUUUAAGACAUUGAAUUCAAGUGAGGUUCUGCUGAUUCUUAUGACAUUUUCGUUUUCAUGACCUACUCAAGUUGUGACUUUCUUGAAGCCGCACUCAACAUUGUUGAAUGAAGUCUUUAACUCUUAGGACUCGUUCUCCUUACUCAUCCACGACACUAAGCGUCAGUAUGGCAGAUGUCCCAUAUGCAACUCUUUCUAACGAAGCCGACGAAGUAUCCACUAACUUCCAUUUGAUUAGUCAAAAUUGAACUGUUAGACUUAUGGACAUUUGAUGCUCGUUUUCAACUUUAUUAUCACGCAACCAUUUACAUUUUCACUAAUUAUUACCAUUGAAGCUUUUCAUUGAACACAUUGCAACAAGAAGCAAGCUAAAACCGAAUUGUGUCUACCAUUUGAUCUGACCGAAAUUUACGCGGCGCCAACAUCCAGACAACUUACUAAAUAAUUAAUAGUUUUCAAUCAUAAAGCUUAUUAAUAUAUAAAUACACGAACUUGUCCUGCUGGGUUUCUCAACUCUCAUCAUUGCCUCUUUUUUCAC